UCCCCUCUGGCUGGGUUGAGGAGUUCCCAGCAGUCACCGCGCCGCGGCUGCGCAGUAGAAGGGAGGCUUUUAAUUCCAUUGUGGAGAGGACGGCGUUAUUUUUAUUAACUGGAGGCGACGGCGGCUGCGGCGGCGGCGGUACCCCCAGGCCUCCUCCGGGGUAUGAAAAUCGGCAGUGGGUUCCUGAGUGGCGGCGGUGGUACCGGCAGUAGCGGUGGUAGCGGCUCCGGCGGCGGCGGUAGUGGCGGCGGCGGCAGCGGCAGCAGCAGCAGGAGGGCAGAGAUGGAACCCACCUUUCCCCAGGGUAUGGUUAUGUUCAACCACCGGCUUCCCCCGGUCACCAGCUUCACCCGGCCGGCGGGGUCGGCCGCCCCUCCCCCGCAGUGCGUGUUAUCCUCCUCUACCUCCGCAGCCCCGGCCGCUGAGCCCCCCCCUCCGCCAGCCCCGGACAUGACUUUCAAGAAGGAGCCGGCGGCGUCAGCCGCGGCCUUCCCCUCGCAGAGGACCUCCUGGGGAUUCUUGCAGUCUUUGGUCAGCAUCAAACAGGAGAAACCCGCAGAUCCUGAGGAGCAGCAGUCCCACCACCACCAUCACCACCACCACUAUGGGGGGCUGUUCGCUGGGGCUGAAGAGAGAUCUCCAGGCCUAGGAGGUGGGGAUGGGGGGAGCCACGGCGUCAUCCAGGACCUCAGUAUUCUCCACCAGCAUGCCCAGCAGCAACCAGCCCAGCACCACCGCGACGUAUUGCUCAGCAGCAGUAGCAGGACUGAUGACCACCAUGGCAAUGAGGAGCCAAAGCAGGACACUAAUGUCAAAAAGGCAAAGAGGCCAAAGCCAGAAUCUCAGGGAAUCAAAGCCAAGAGGAAGCCAAGUGCAUCUUCCAAACCUUCUUUGGUUGGAGAUGGAGAAGGUGCCAUCCUCUCCCCAAGUCAGAAACCUCAUAUCUGUGAUCACUGUAGCGCUGCUUUCAGAAGCUCCUAUCAUUUGCGGAGACAUGUCCUCAUUCAUACUGGAGAAAGACCUUUCCAGUGCAGCCAGUGUAGUAUGGGUUUCAUUCAGAAAUACCUACUGCAGAGACAUGAGAAAAUUCAUAGUAGAGAGAAGCCAUUUGGAUGUGAUCAGUGCAGCAUGAAGUUUAUUCAGAAGUACCAUAUGGAGAGACACAAGAGGACGCAUAGUGGAGAAAAGCCAUAUAAAUGUGACACUUGCCAACAGUAUUUUUCAAGGACUGAUAGACUGUUGAAGCACAGGCGCACGUGUGGUGAAGCCAUAGCUAAAGGAGCCGCUAGUGCAGAACCUGGGUCAUCAACCCAUAACAAUAUGGGUAAUCUGGCUGUGUUGUCUCAGGGAAAUACAAGUUCUUCAAGGAGAAAAACGAAGUCAAAAAGCAUAGCUGUUGAAAAUAAGGAACAUAAGACUGGUAAAACAAAUGAAUCACAAAUUUCAAAUAAUAUAAACAUGCAGAGUUACUCAGUAGAAAUGCCUACUGUGUCUUCCAGUGGAGGCAUAAUUGGCACUGGUAUUGAUGAACUGCAGAAAAGGGUGCCAAAAUUGAUCUUUAAAAAAGGAAGCAGAAAGAAUACAGAUAAAAACUACCUUAAUUUUGUGUCACCAUUACCAGACAUAGUUGGACAGAAGUCCUUGUCUGGGAAACCAAGUGGCUCACUUGGCAUAGUAUCGAAUAAUAGUGUGGAGACCAUUAGUCUUCUCCAAAGUACGAGUGGCAAACAAGGUCAAAUAAGUAGUAAUUAUGAUGAUGCCAUGCAGUUUUCAAAGAAAAGAAGAUAUUUACCAACUGCCAGCAGCAACAGUGCCUUUUCUAUAAAUGUGGGACACAUGGUCUCCCAACAGUCCGUCAUUCAGUCUGCAGGUGUCAGUGUUUUGGACAAUGAGACCCCAUUGUCCCUUAUUGACUCCUCAGCUCUUAAUGCUGAAAUUAAGUCUUGUCAUGACAAGUCUGGAAUUCCUGAUGAGGUUUUACAAAGUAUUUUGGAUCAAUACUCCAACAAAUCAGAAAGCCAGAAAGAGGAUCCUUUCAAUAUAACGGAACCGCGAGUGGAUUUACACACCUCAGGAGAACACUCAGAAUUGGUUCAAGAAGAAAAUUUGAGCCCAGGCACCCAAACACCUUCGAAUGAUAAGGCAAGCAUGUUGCAAGAAUACUCCAAAUACCUCCAACAGGCUUUUGAAAAAUCCACUAAUGCAGGUUUUACUCUUGGACACGGUUUCCAGUUUGUCAGUUUGUCUUCACCUCUCCACAACCACACUUUAUUUCCAGAAAAACAGAUAUACACUACAUCUCCUUUGGAGUGUGGUUUCGGCCAAUCUGUUACCUCAGUGUUGCCAUCUUCAUUGCCAAAGCCUCCUUUUGGGAUGUUGUUUGGAUCUCAACCAGGUCUUUAUUUAUCUGCUUUGGAUGCUACACAUCAGCAGUUGACACCUUCCCAGGAGCUGGAUGAUCUGAUAGAUUCUCAGAAGAAUUUAGAGACUUCAUCAGCCUUCCAGUCCUCAUCUCAGAAAUUGACUAGCCAGAAGGAACAACAGAAAAAUUUAGAGUCCUCAACAAGCUUUCAGAUUCCAUCUCAGGAGUUAGCUAGCCAGAUAGAUCCUCAGAAAGACAUAGAGCCUAGAACAACGUACCAGAUUGAGAACUUUGCACAAGCGUUUGGUUCUCAGUUUAAGUCGGGCAGCAGGGUGCCAAUGACCUUCAUCACUAACUCUAAUGGAGAAGUGGACCAUAGAGUAAGGACUUCAGUGUCAGAUUUCUCAGGGUAUACAAAUAUGAUGUCUGAUGUAAGUGAGCCAUGUAGUACAAGAGUAAAGACACCCACCAGCCAAAGUUACAGGUAAGGUCCCAAAAGUGACCAGGCUGGAGGUCUAAUGUAAUUUUGUUUUAUUUUGAGAACACUGCCAUUGGAAUGUUUCUACACGAUCCUAUUAAGAAUAAUGUAAUGCCCUUUCAAUGCAACUUUUCAUAUUUAGUUUAUUUUGUUAGCGUGAUUUUAGCUGUUUGUAUUAUGAUUUUUAAUCAAAAUCAAUAGAUUAAAAAUAGUUUGACAUUCAAAGUGACAAUGUUUAGCAAUCAAAUUUACAUGUAUAGAUCGUCAGGGAAUAGCCCAAAAGUUUUAAAUGCAAAAAAAAAAAAAAAACCAACAAAAAACAAAAAAACUUUACAAAAAAAAAACAAAACAAAAAAUACACAAAAAAAACUUUGUUGCUAGGAUUAAGGUUAUUCUAAUUGCUUUACUCUCAGGAAAGUGUAAUAACGCAUGGGAAUUCUGUACGUUAUCACUGUAAUGGAAUAUCCAAUUUACAGAUAGUAUGAUAUACAUUUCAUCAUUUAAGUAAGGGAUCGAAAACAUUUCAAAUUGCUCUAUCUGGGCUGAUAAACAUUUCAUCAUUUUUAAGUAAGGGAUCGAAAACAUUUCAAAUUGCUGUCUCCAUCUAGGCUGAUCCAAAAUUCUGAGAUGUUGGCUACCUAUAUUUUGUUGCAGCUUUUAAAUGUACUCUGAACUUCCAAACCGUUCAUUCCAGCCUGGUAGAACAAAUAUUCUUGGAUCUUUGAUCAAAGCCUGGAAUGAUAGCUUUAAUAAAAGAAGAAAAAAAAAAUAGCACCCUCUCAUCCCAACUGUAACAAGGCUGUAGUUCCAGUAGAAGUUAAUGAUAUCUGGCAGUGUUGAUGACUGAGUGGUUCAUUGGUACCAGUAUUAGAACCCAAGUUGGAAUUACAUAAUUCUUUGAAAUUUGGGGUAUGCGUUAUUUAUUAUACAUGGCUUAAAACAUUGUUCUCUAGUCUGUGUUAUUACAUGUCACCCACACUUCUGUUUUUUGUUCUUGUUCUUGACCUACCCUCUUUCUUAGAGUUCUGAGCCUGCCUUGUUUCCUCUUCUAUCUGGACAGUUUCAAUUUUAGAAUGAUUUACAUUCCAUUAGGUAAUUCAUUAGGCAUUUUAUAUGCCUUAUGGCAUUCAAAUACUAAACACUGGGAUAAAUAACCCCCACGUACCUUUUUAAAAAAAUAAAAUGCAUACAGAUUUCCAUGUAUAAUAAAGCCCCACAUACUCUGAGCUAUAGAUAUUACUAAGGUUGUAAUUCCAACCGGUGACUUUUUUCCUAAUGUGAGGGAGAAGAGUGUCUGCAUUUAGUAAUGACAUCAGAACCUCUUUGUGUAAUUGCAGCCUUUAAUGUACAUUUUAAAAGGGUGCAUUAGUCAGUAUUGUACAGGGGUCUUGUAAAGUCAUCAAAACUUGCUAUGAACGCUAAUUGCCAUUUGAAGCUACUGAUAAGACAGUAGCUCUGCUCUAAACCACUUUUUAGCAAUUGUAUUUUUUUCCUGAUUAUAUUUUUUAAUGUACUUUGAUGUUUAUGCUGAUGAGUUUUUUAUGUACUUUCGGUGAUGUUUCAGUCUUAUGUACUCUUCUGACGUCAGAAAAGUACCACUGGUUGUUUGCAGUCUUAUUGUGUAAUCAGCCUACCACAGGCUUCCAUGUAUAAUAAAGUAAUUAAUAUUGUGCAAGUGUAAAACACUUCUGUUAUGAAAGCAGUGUUUGGAAAAUAAGAAAUUAUUAAAAAUGGUUACAAAAUAUUAGUUAAUUUCCUUUCCCCACUUUCCUCCCUUAAGUCUGCUUACCAGCUAAAGGGUCACCUAUUUGUCAUUUCAAGUUUCUUAGAAAAUGUGUUUAAUCCUUUUAAAUACACUCAAUACUAAAAAGUCUGUAUUUCUUAUUUUGGUAAGUGCGGUAAGUUCUAUUGGGUACAGAGUACAAGCUGUAAUCAAAGGAUGGAGAGGACCUUUACCACUGUAUCUCUUAAGCUGUAUGAUUUUUCUCCAGUGUUUGUUUUAUACAGGUUUUGAAUUUCUUUAACUUUUAUUGUGUGUACUGAAUACUGCAUAUGUAUUAUUCUGAUUGUUUGCUCUAGUUUACUACCAAUAAAAGACCUGUUAAUCACAAAAUGAAGAAAGGAGAUAUCACUUAAUAUCCAGUAACAUUUUUCAGGUUUUUUUUUUUUUUAUUAACUACAUUUUCUAAAAUAAUUCACAUUGGUGUUAUGAAACUGAAUUUUAGGGACUUGUAUUUUUAUUGUGGGGUGUUUUUCUUUUUUUUGAACUCAAGUAUUUUCAUAUUUCUAGGUUUAUUUUAUGUGAAAACUGGGUGAGUAUUUUCUGUGAGGUGCACUAUAUAUAUAUGGAAGUGUAGAAAUUGAAUAUUAUGUAAAUCAGAACAUGUUUUGUUGAAAUGGGUUUACCUAUUCUAAAUAUUAUACCAGAGAGAGUAUUUAUUGAGACCUCAUUUAAAAUCAGAUUCCAGUAUCUUUUGGUUCUAGAUGGAUCCUUUUUGUCUCAAGAAGGUUGUAAUAAGAUAACAGUAUGACACAAAAAAAUGGCCUUGAGCAUUUUUAGUAGGAAUUAAAAAGUAUUAGUCAUAGUUUAACCAUGUUUUAAAAGGUUGAAAGUAUAGAUAGCGGAAGGAGAGAAGUAAGACAUAUAAAUAUUAGAGAUGCAGAAGAGAUGUUUGGAAGUGUCUUUUAAUUGUAAGUGGCUAUGUAAAAUCAGAAAAUUGUGCUUUGAAAUUCAGUGGCUAUAAAUGUUGAAUUAAGGAGUAAAAAUAUUAGUGGGUGGAAUAAGUCUUUGAAACUUUGCGCUUUUUUUUUUUGGCAUAUGAUACUAUUGUAGGGAAAUGGUAAAUUAUAUUAAGCAUAAACAUGGAUUUUUCUGUAGAGAAAUAUCUACUCCUGGGCCCACAGGAUUAUGAGAAGUAAAUUAGUUCUUUCUUUGCCAAGGUCAUUUCCUAGAUUUGGUCAUUUUCUUGAACAAGACUGCCAAGCAGAAUCUCACUGAGUCUGCUUUCAAGUCCAAGUCUUGAUUUCUCUGCACAGUUGACUUCUCCAUUCUAGCUAACUUUUUUUUUUUUUUAACCCACCUACCCCCCCCCCCACCUUAGUUUCUAUCCAUGGAAUGUCCUUAUCUGAAUAUGAUCUUUGUUAAAUUAAGGUUUUUACUUUUAAAAUAUUUGGACAUGAAACAGGAAACUAUUGUGUUGUUGUACAUUCAGGAUGAAGUCUGCCAUAAUUUUAGUAGUUGCUAGUCUCUAAUUUGUGUGGUAAUUCAAAAAUGAGAGCAGAAAUACGUGGAAGAAAAUCUGUACUUAAAACAAUUUUUUUUUAGUAGGCUCUACACCUAACUUGGGGCUUGAACUCAAUCCCUAGAUCAAGUAGUCUGCCAAGCACUCCUGUAUCUAAAAUUUUUAAUAUUUUAAAAUUGUGAACAAUGAUACAAAUAUUUCUACCUCACAUUUAGUUUUAUGUAUUGCACUAAUCAAGUAAGAAGGGCAAAACUUUGUUCCUUCCUGCUAUGUGGAGUUUUGUAGUUUACUUGUAAUUAGUAGCAUUUAAGCCUGAAUUGGGUGAACUGGGUGACUUUGAGCAAUAUGACCUCAUGAGGGCAUAUACAAUCCUUAAUUUCCAGAUUCAUAGGUCUUGUUAAACUGAAGAACUUCCGUUAGAAAAAAGGUUCUGAACUUGAGAGAGAGAUUUUUAGAGUAAACUACAUCUGAAUAUUAUCAUUUUUUGAGUUUUGUGGUAUUCAUGUUUUUCUAAUCCAUAAUGACUAGAUUUUGAUUUUUAAAAUGUGCUGCAAGAUUGUUAGUGCUAUGUGACCCAUGCAUGGUGUUGUGUGAGGCUGGCGCACUCUGUGGAUAUUCUUGUUAUGGGAUCCCUUACCACAGAAGAGGAUCUGUGGUGGUUUGCUAAUCUUCUUGUAGUUCCUCAUGGGUUUUGAGGGAAAAAAUUGUGUUAUUUCUACUUGUUAUGUUAUUUACAUUCUUAAUAAUUGAUUACUUGAACAUUAGCAUGAAAACAGCACCGGGAAUUCUGUUGUCUUACCUUUGAUCAAAAAACUCUGAGAUAAAUCCUUUGAGAUUACAGUGAGUUUAAAAAGAGAUUAAGCUAUAGAGGACAUACACUUUUUAAAUUAUUUCCUUCUGUGUACCUGUUCUGCUUUUUGAAAAAAGUAUUGACUGCUUGUGAAUGACUAACUUGAGUAGAUUCUAUUUAAAUUUUCGAUAAGCCUUGGGCUCACUCUGGCGAUAACGUUUUUAGGGUUACAGAUUCCUUGGGGAGCAGAUGACAGAAUUGGUAUCAUCCCACUCCCAUUCAUUAGAAAUACAUUUGCAUGUGAAAAUAUAGGCGCUUUUCUGUACGCUCACAAGGACGACCCCCCUCCCAAAAGAAACCUCCCAAUUAAAAAUUCUUAACCUGUGGAACUUAGGUUAAGAAUCCCUGCCUUGGGGCCCCUGGCCAGCUCAGCGGGAAUAGCAUGCAAUUCUUAAUCUCAGGAUCAUGAGUUUGAGCCCCAUAUUGGGUAUGCAGAGAUUACUAAAAAAAAUAAACUUAAAAAAAAAAAAAAAUCCCUGCCUUAGAAUACUGCCUAAAUACUGAAAUUUUAUUUUACAAAUAGUGGAUACCUAAACUAAAAAAGCAUCAGAUAUUAAGAGUAGUUAAAAGUUUCUUUAUAUGCAGUUUAAUUACUUAGAAUUUAUAGAACACAUUUAGGUUACAUAAGGCCAUAAAGUUUUAUGGUAAGCUACUCAAAUCAUGAGUUGAGUCUAAUUAUGUGCAGUUUCUCAUCUGAUAAUAAGUGCCAUAGAGAUGCUAGACCUGACAAUAGUUCAGUAUUUUCCAUCAACAAAGAAAUGUGUUAACAGUGUAUCAUACUACAGUCAACCACUGUGCUGCUUCAGCUGCACAGGAGUGGCUUCCCACAUAAGCAUGAAUAUUGGCAAAAAUGAAAGCCCACAACCAAGCCAUACCUUUUUGCCUAGAAAGAAGAAUAAUUGAGUUCCUAAUAACAUAAAAACUCUGCUUCAUAUAGCCUGAGUGUGACUAGCUAGGUUGAAAUACACUGUGCAAGAUAAGCCUUGAAAAGUAUGUUGUUACAUGUUGAGAUAGGUAUCUCUUGGGAAAUGUAGAUAAACAGCUGGAGAAAAAUGUAAUGAUUUGGAUCUUACACUCCACGGGGAAAAUUUUGUUUCCUGUGUUUGUAGGGAGUAAAAGAAUAAUGGGCAGACGUUGUGUGUUAAGGGAGGUAAGGACUAUGUUAAAAUAGGGGAAGGAAAGGAAUAGGUUUGCAGGAAAAUAGGGAAUAUAGAUUUACUCCAACAUUGACAGGGGUCCUGAAGAAUUUAAGUAACUAGAAGGGUAAAGGAGAGCUUUGAAAAACUUCUCAUUCUGUCAUUCUUCCAGUUCAGACGUCUUUAGGUACUUUGGUUUGGUAUGAACUUUAGUACUAUUGUGGAACAAUUAAUAAAUAACUUAACAGACCACUGUGGUGAACUUCUGUUUACAUUCCCAAUCUAGGAAAAAGAUGGCUAAUCUUUGUGUUUGUAUAUUAAAUCUUUUCUUUAGUAACUCAUAAAAUCAGACAGCUUCCAUUGGUUGGUGAGAAUUGUAAAUAACUUAUCAAAGCAGUUGCAGUCAAAAUUAUUGUCAUAUGUGGUGAAGUGAAUAUGCACAGAAUUUAGGAAUCAAGACAAAAUUAAUUUAGGAAUUAAGACAAAAUCUCUGAAUCUACAUCCCCAACUCACCAAAGGAGAAGGAACAAGUACUCAGUAUAAAGGCAUAUGGUGUUAUGAUAAAGGAAAAGUGUGAGUGAUUGUAACAAGUUGGAAACUCCCUAAUUAAUUAUUGUUUCUUGGGUUUUGAUUUUGAAAAGGGUUGUUUAAUUUUAACUUGUGACUGGCUCAUUUGUUCAUUCUACUUUCUAUAAGAUCUUGUUUUUAAAAGCAUUAUUGGAAACAUGAAAGGAGCUAAAGUUUUAAUCUUGAGUUUUGAGAUAGAUACAGCUUUUUAAGUCUGAAAGUGACAUUUUUAGAUUAGUUUUUUAAGAGUGCAUUGCAAAAUUAAAUGACAAGAUCAGCAAUGUAACUAUUUUAUGUUUGGUUGCACAUAAACUAGGCUCUUCCUACAAGGAAGCCAAGUAUAAACAUUUGAAAGAGAGUUCCUUCUUUUUGGAAGAUAAUGAGAACUGUAAAUGGGUAUCAUUGUGGGUCUCCAUGAAUAGACAACCCAUGACCUUGAUCAGUUUAGUAGUGGAACUGGAAUUACUCUCUCCCAGGCUGCAGUUUCUUAGUGGCCCGGAAUAACAAAAGUGCUAAGUAGAGAUUAGAAAGCCGACUGAAGUGGGACCUGGAGUUUUCAUCUUGCAAAUGGAUCAAGAAAUGAAAGUUAUUAUGAAAAUGUAUUUAAUAGACCCAGCAUGUAAAUUUUACUCAGUCAUAACCACAACAUUAGAAAACUGAGUAAGGUUCAUGGCACUGCAUAUGUGCAUUAAAAUAUUUUUAAAAAUUGGUCUUCUAUGAUCCACUUUUGUUUAAGUAGCCUUUCAAUGAACAUCUUAAAGUUGUGUUAAUAGUGUGAAAGGUUAUGUUGUUUCUAAGGUAAGUUACUGUGGGGUUUCAUUUUUUUGAAUUUGGGAGACAGUGGUGCAGAAGUUCCAAACAUUUAAUUACUUUUAAGUGCAGUCCACUAAUAGUGGACUAGUAGACUAGUGGUCUAGUAGACUAGUGGACUACUAUAGAAACAUAGUAUAUAUGUUUCUAUACUCAAUCACAUUUGGAAUAGUCAGCUAUAUAUUUUUUUAUGAGUGUUAAUAUUAGUGAUUUGGCUAUCUCUUAAAAGCUUGGCUAAGAAAAUUUAUAAAAGAGUAAUCUGAAACCAUUACAGUCUUUUUAAUGGCCUCAUUUUUAGUAAAGAAAAAAUUUGUGAUGAGACUUAACAUAGUUCAGGAUUUAUUUGAAUAUAAAAUAUCUAAGAAUGCUGGACAUAGCAUAAAAAGAAAGUAUUCAAACUGUUGUGACAGACUUGUCUUUGAAGGGGAAGGAAGGACUGUUGUGUAAAGGAAAAGUGUAAAGGGAUGUAAGAUUAAUAUUAAUGGACAUGUUUACCACAGUCAUAUAGUAAAAGAUCUUAAAGAUUUGAAUGAGCCAUUUUAGAGACUGGUAGUAGUUGUAAUCUGAUAUGGUUUACUGCUGGUGAAUCAUAGUAAUGUAUUAUGGAGGGAAAAUUAAAAUGCAGUUUGGGGAGAUUUCUAGAGAAGAUUGGAGAAAAUGAAUAGAAAACUAGUGUUUCAGUUGUUUAAUCUUUGAUUUUAUUAAACUUCUAAAGCAAAUUGACAUUUGACAAAGAAAAGGUAUAUUAAUGAAUGAUAUUAUGUUAUUUUUGCUGAUAAUGCUAGUAUGUAGGACCUAUGAAAAGAAAAGGUAUUUAGGAAAAGAUGGUUGAAAAGGGGGCAUCUUGCAUAAUCAUAUAUUUCUAAUACUAUUUAAAAUUUCCUGUCUUGUAACUUAGAUUUUGAAUUACUAUAAUUUAUUAUGGUUGAACAUCUCAAUUUGUUAAAAAAUGCUAUCACAAACAACUAAUAGGUUAAUAUAAGGUAAAGAACACUUUGAUUCUUAGCUAAAAAUUUAGUAGCAAAGAAUUGUAAGAGGGAACUUUUUGCUUUUAAAUCCUAUUGAUUUCAUCAAUGUAUGUAAUUGAAAUCUUAUAUAAUAUGCAAGUAAAAUUUUAUAGGAUUGGAUACAUAGUUACAAAGUAAUUUCAUGGCUCUCCAUGGCAUUUGAUGAUAGAAAUUAUUUUUCUGAUUUCCAAAUCCAAAAUAAUAUGCAUUUUAUAAUUUAAUAAGAAAUCAUUCUGGAUUAUACUCAUUCACCCAACUAAACCAAUACUCCAUCUGGAGCUAAAAUACAAAAACAUUUUGAA